CAGGGCAGAGAGAGAGAGAGAGUGUGCUCUAUCUGACCUGAGGAGCAGCCUAUAGAUCAGGUCAGACAUCGGAACACCUGCACUGGAACAAUAACACUGAAACAAUUACAUUGGAAUAUCAGCAUUGGAAUCAGAACAUCUACAUCACAACAUUUGAUCACCUUUUCAUCACUGGAAACUUGCACACAGGUCUACAUAUGAAUGACACGAUGGAUGAAGAAAACUACCUAUUGUUUCUGGAGUUUUAUGAAAAUAAUGACACAGAGGUAACCCCAGAUUACGUUAUUGAUCAUGUAGUGAAAUUGUGUCAGAAGACAGAUGUAACAGAGUUUGGUGCUAGAUACCUCCCUCCAUUUUACUAUAUCAACUUUCUGAUCAGUGUGCUGGGAAACGGCCUGGUACUCUACAUCAUCUACAAGUAUGAGAAGCUGUCCACAGUCACCAACAUCUUCUUACUCAACUUGGUCAUCUCCGACCUGCUGUUCGCCUGCAGCCUCCCCUUUGAGGCUGUCUACCACGCCUCCGAGUGGAUCUUUGGACUGGCCAUGUGCAAGCUGGUGCGCAGCCUCUUCUCCGUGGGCUUCUACAGCUCCAUCCUCUUCCUCACGCUCAUGACCUUCGACCGCUACCUGGCCGUGGUGCACGCCGUCACGGCCGCCAAGCAGAGGCGGAAGGCCUACGCCAUCAGCUCCUCCGUGGUGGUGUGGGUGGUCAGCUUGGCAUCCAGCGUCAAAGAGCUGAUUCUGCACACCACCAGCAAAGACCCAAAAAAUGGAGAGAUGUGUGAGGAGUUUGGCUAUAAGAAAGACACGCUGGACAACUGGCAGCUGUUUGGAUACUACCAGCAGUUCUUCCUCUUCUUCCUCGUUCCUCUGGCCAUUGUGCUGUACUGCUAUGUGAGGAUCACGGUGCGGAUCAUGGACACGCGCAUGAAGGAGAAGUGCAGGGCGGUGAAGCUGAUCUUUGUCAUCGUGCUGACCUUCUUCAUCUGCUGGACCCCCUACAACAUCGUCAUCCUCCUCAAAGCCCUGGAGAUGUCCUCCAUCACCACAGCAGAGUGUCCCUCAGACGCUCUGGACUACGCUCACUUCAUCACGCGCAACCUGGCCUUCCUCUACUGCUGCAUCUGCCCCGUCUUCUACACGUUUGUAGGCAAGAAGUUCCAGAACCACUUCAGGAGAAUGCUGGCCCGACACAUGCCCUGCCUGAAGAUCACCCUCCUUGAAAGCCAGAGCAGCAGAACCACUUCGCACAAGAGUCCAUUCACAACCGACUAUUGAAAGAGAUAUGUCCAAGACAAGUCCCAAAGUUCAUUUAUGAGCAGCUGAAAGGCCAGAUCAACUAGACUCAGGUUAACCAGAGUCCUGUUAGCAGGUUUACCACGUCCUGUGGGUUAACAAGGCCUAGUGUAGUACUGAACCAGCUUCUUAGUGUAGGCCCCUGAUGAACAUGUUUCAGCUUUGUUUUGAAACGGUAUAUUAUGGUGCUUCUUUCUUGUACACUCCUUGCCUUAGGAGUUGAGUGGUUGCUGUUUUUGCUUGUUGGCACAGAGGUGAGUGCCUCUGGCCUUUGUUAGUGGCUGCCCAUGGUGUGAAGUGAUUUCACAUAGAUAUUGUCACUGUCCAGCAAAAAUAUUGUAACUCCACUUUCUAUUGUUUCUUUUACAUAGAACAUAGCGUAUUAUUUUUUUUAAAUAAUAGUACAAGAGGGUUUUUUUCAUGUUUUUUUUGCCAGACAGCCAGCAACAAUAUGCUGAGUUCCUCUUUAAUGCACAAACAUGUAUUAUGCAAUGUAAUAUGCAAUGCUUACUCUGCAUGUGUACUGUCAGUAAGGCGUUUGCUUUGCUUUGUAGCAUGAUAAUGAGGAGUUGAGGCCCUGCCGUGGCAAACCGGUAGGGCACUCAUCUACCAUGCGGCUGACCUGGGUUUGGUUCCCGGCCCGUGUCCUUUGCCGGCCCUUGCCCGUCUCUCUCUCCCCACUCACUUCCUGUCACCACCUUCACUGUCCUGUCAUGAAUAAAGACCAAAAAAUAUCUUUGAUAAUGAUGAGUUGUAGCAUGAUAAUGAUGUAGCAAUGCCCAUGAAGCACUUACUAGGGAUUUUUUUUAUGCUGUAAUGUCCAAAAUGUUCAUAAAUCCUUGUUUUUUUGUGAUGAAGUCCUUACUUGGCAAGUAUGCCGGAUGUGUGUUUUUUUAAAUGGAUGUAUGUCUUUUUUUGUUGGAUGUAUUUUCAAAUACAUACACUUUUUAUAAAAUGAUUGUUGGAUGCGUUUUCGCAUAGAUGUCCGUCUUUUUUUAAAUAAAAGUAUUGAAUUA